GCGCCGCGGCCCGAUGUGCUUUGUCGUCUGAACUCAAAAUGGGAUACGUCAAGAUAUGCAACGCGUGUGCUGGUCGUGUGACCGAAGGUGCCGCCACUGAAACUGGCUUUUUCAUAAUGGAGAGUUGUGUCGUCGGAGAACAAUUCGAAGGUGUAUCGCCAUCCAUUGCGCCUGCCGGUUUGCCAGAUCUGGUGGCGUCGUGUCAUGGAGCAGCGAACCUCACUUCCAACAACAACUCAACGCAGUGUGCGCCCGUCGUAAGCCCGGAGGAUGUCAAACUCAUCGGCCGAAGGCUUCGGUACAUCUCGGACAGCUUCGACUGGCGAACUAGCGUGACUAGGAGAAACGAACCGGUGGUCAUUCAUGACUGGUUCACAGAUUUCCUCACGGCUUGCGUCUCCUCCGUCAUGGAGUGGUGGAAGACGACCACGUGAAACUUAUCGUCACAAAUAUCGUGAACUCUGGUCCCACGAACUUUCGGUGGCUUUUUUUUUUCGGCCGUGGACAUUAUCGUGAAUUCAAAUCGACGCCGUAUCAGUGCUUCAAGGACAUCACAGACUGUGCGCGGGCCUCCAGUUGUGAUGAUAGCGGCCAGCAUCUCAUCUUUUCAGAGAACGUCAGCAAGCGGCUGCAAGGCACU